GCAGAUGAUGUCCAAUUGUUUGUUGUUAUUGUCGCUGUUAUGGAAUUUGCAUUUUCUUUAACCGAUUCGAUAUUUUUGCUUGCGUAAACGAAUUAAUUAAUAAUUGAAUACAUUUGUUUUUCCUCUGUCGACGUAGUUGAACCAGUUGGAAGUUUUUGGGGAAAAAUUGUUGGAACGUAACAAUGGUGCAACUGAUAUCAUUAAAUGAAGAUUGUUUUUACCAUCUAUUCAAAUGGUUACCUUUGGACGAUUUGUGUCGAUUGAGCGAAACCUGUACAAAAUUGAAUCGAUUGACCGGAAAUUAUUACCAAAGAAAAUAUUCAUCGAAAUGGGUGAACGUUUCGAAUGCCACCAAUGAUGGAAUCCUUUUAUCUCCAAACAAGAACUACGUCAGAUGUUUCAGCAAGUUCAUCCAGAAUCUGAGCAUAGAUUUUCUUCGAAGUGAUCAUGAUGUGUUGGCAGCGUUUCUGCAGAAGUACUGCAACAGUCGUCCGAAAAUCGUACAAUUCAAAUGUGCGUACUUGCCGGAAUCAUUUGGAAAUAAAAUCAAAAUCAUCUUGGAAAAUGCUGAGACCAUCGCAUUUAGGAAUUGUCUGUUAGACAGCGGCAGUAUAAUGGAUCGUUGUGACAAUGUAAAACACUUGUUUAUUGUCGAGAAUUUGCUCAACGAUCAGUAUGAACAAGUGGAACAAGUGUUGCGUGCAACAUAUCCCAAGCUUGAGCACUUCCAUUGUCGUUAUGCCGGCUAUCUGGACAUGGAAAACUUGAAAUUAUUCUUCAGGAAUAAUAAAGUGAGAAGCAUAACCUGGUAUUUCUUCCGGAAGCAUUGGAAUGUCAUUCAUGACUGUAUUGAAACCAUUGUAACGUACGCUGUGGAUCUCGAAGAAUUGUUCAUCUCAAUCGAAGGACAGAACUACAAUUUUACCAAAAUUUGCCAGAGAUUAAGUCAGUUGGACGAUUGCAAAAAGUUCAAAAGAUUGGAGCUACAAUUCGUUGGAGAAGAGGUCGAAGGUAAAUUAAUGAGUCAAGGCGGAGCAAUGGCAUCUAUAAAAUCACUGGUUGGAUUGCAUUUCUGUGCAUUUCGCAACUUUCAGAAUAUCGUCCCAUUCAUCAAACAGAAUCCGAACGUACGGACUUUACAAUUGAAAAAGGACUCUGAAGUUGACGACGUCUUUUUCCCAUUGCCGAAUCCAUCACUGUAUGCGCUACCAAACUUAGAGCAAUUGCAUUUGAUUGGAUUGUUGAAAAAUUUCAAUUACAUUCAUUCGUUCGUUUUGAACUCACCCAAGCUGAAGACGGUCGUAACCAAAGACUGUGCUUUCACCGAUUUUCAUUUGAACGAGUUGAAUGGUGGUAGGAAGCAACAACCGUACGCCUGCGACACAACCAUUUACACUGAGCAAUACAACAUUGUCACCGAUUUCAGUCGCGAUCUAGUCAAUAUUAGAAGAGUAAACUUUGAAAUCAAUGCAUUCAAUUUGGAAAAUCCAUUUAUCUGCCAUUCCACUGGAGACAGUAGCGCUGACGAGUAGCCUCUUUGUUUCAAAAUAUUUGAAUCUCAGUGUACCGAUGACGUGGUAUGUAUUAUAAAACCUAAUUAAAAUAUUUCUUCAUCUUGAGA